AUGUCCGGAGAGAGAAGCCGCAGGUCGCUGGCUUUCCGAGGAGGUGGAUUAGCCGUAACCGGUUCCAGUGGUGUCGGAGGCAGCAACGGGAACAGCUGGGAGGCCCAGGCCUGUCAAGACCGACAUUUAAACGGGAACAGGCCAGAUCAAGAGGAGGAGAGGGAUUUGGGGGCAAAAGGACCAUCGCUUGGGAAAGUAGAGGGUGGGGGGUCCGUGAGCGAUAGCACAGAACCAGAGGCGGAGGAAGAAGAGGACCCGGAAGGGGGCAAUUCUACAGCUAGGAAAAAUGAUGACCGUGUCGGCUGCACUACAGUAGCGGUCGGAGAAGAGGGAUCCAGGGAACGCAGCAGUUUGAGAGCCGGCAACGGAAUGAACAGUGAAGACGGCGCUGGUGGUUGCGGCACGGGAUCCGGGGACGAAAGAGGCGAAGCGGGGAGUAAGGGAGUCACAGAGGAAACGGGUGCUAGGAAACCCUCGGUAGAGAUGAGACCGCAAACGCUGCUCCAAAAACACUCGCUAUUCCAAGCCUGCUGGUUACAGGAGUUUCCUUGGCUAAAAUUCUGCCAAGAGACGGGACUCAUGUCUUGUUCUUGGUGUCACAAUAUUGCCACUAACAACAACGACGAGCUGGUUAAAGGCAGUCGGAAUUACAAAAGGGCCUUGCUGCUUAGACAUCACCUGUCCUCGGAGCACGGGAGGAAUGACCCGACCAAGCAGGAGCCGGAGAGGCCUGAGGACUUGGAGGGUACAGACGUGGAGGAUUACAGGAACAAGCCAAAUGAAAACUCCUACUGCUACCAGCUUCUGCAGGAGCUGGACAAGCAACGCAAGAGCGGAAUCCUCUGCGACGUCAACAUCGUGGUGAGCGGCCAGGUGUUCCGCGCGCACAAGAACAUUCUGGUGGCCGGCAGCCGCUUCUUCAAGACCCUUUACUGCCUGACCAAGAGCGAGAACUGCGACCAAACCACCGUCACGCACCUGGAUGUGGCGGCCGUGCAGGGUUUCUCCGUCAUCCUGGACUUCCUGUACUCAGGCAACCUGCUGCUUACAAGCCACAAUGCCAUCGAGGUCAUGUCAGUGGCCAGCUACCUGCAGAUGACCGAGGUGGUGCAGUCUUGCCGAGCCUUCAUCAAAGACGCCCUCAACAUCAGCAUCAAACAGGAGGCUCCCGAUUCGGUCGUGGUGGAUUACAACAAGCGACGGACGGUGGCCAAGGACGCGGACAAGAAACCUAGCAACUUCUGGGCCACUAGCAUCCUGUCCAAGCUUUCCAUAAAGGCCAGUGCUCACGUGAAAGACGAGCCCAGUGACGUGGAGGUGUCUGCUGGGGAAGGCUGCGCGCUGGGAAGCUCCAGCUGGGGAGGAGACAACUCGUCCGAGUCCACGGAGACCGAACCGCAGGGCCCGGGGCCCGUGUUCGUCUGGAACGAACCGGCCCCGGGCGUCGCCGCCGCUGUCGUCAGGAGGGAGGCGCGGCUGGAGCCGGGGAGCGGCCGACGGAAAAAGCAGACCGCAAGACGCUUCGUGUACAACAUCCCACCCGAGCCCGAAGAAGGUUUCGACAAGGGCAUGUUUAUCCAACCGUCCGCCUCCUAUUCUCGAGAGGACUACUCCUACCUCUCAGAGAAUACUGGCGAGUCAUCUGAUAACGCUUUGAAUAAGCUCAAGUGUCCCCACUGUAACUACAUUGCCAAGCAUCGGCGAACACUAAAGAGACAUCUGAUUAUCCAUUCGGGUGUGCGCUCCUUCAGCUGUGACAUCUGCGGCAAACUCUUCACCCGCAGAGAGCACGUCAAGAGACAUUCCCUGGUGCAUAAGAAGGAUAAGAAGUACAAGUGCAUGGUGUGUAAGAAGAUCUUCAUGCUGGCUGCUGCUGUAGGCAUUCGGCACGGUUCCCGGCGCUACGGCGUGUGCGCGGACUGCGCUGACUCCCACCAGGCCACGCAGGAGGGCCUGGAGGGCAUGCAGGACCUGGAGUUCGCCCGCGACGAAGACUUCGAGGAAACGGGCGAGGGCGACGAGGACAUGGCCGAGGAGGGAGACGGAGAGGAGCCAAACGAAAACGACCAAUCCAACUGGGAGGGGGAGGCAGGCGCCACCCCCGAGGAGGACUAACACAAAACA